UUUUUAGCUUUAUAAAUUAUAAGCCGAGAAAAAAACAUCACAACGCAAAAGGAACUUGGUGAAGAAGGGGCUGCAACAAUUCGUUAUUGCGUUGUCACUCAUCAUCAAUGGCGGAAGAAUAUCUACCUGAGCAUAUUCUCUACCACAUAUUACUUCGAAUGCCUACAAAAUCGGUAAUAAGAUUUAAAUGUUUAUCAAAGCAAUGGAAUCGUCUGAUUUCAGAUCCUUCCUUUAUGGAGUCGAGAGCACGACGGAUGAACUUUCUCCCUAGCCUACCUUUUCAUGUUAUAGACGACAAUGUGACAGUCAACGACGACAUGGCUCCAUCGACUAUCAAGCUUUUCUCUCCUCUAAUUAACUCAAAGAAAUAUACAAAGAUCACUGUUGUUGGGUCGUUCAACGGGAUAGUCCUUUUAGUCCUAGAAAAUCAUAAGACGAGCAAUGCGUGGUACAAUCAUUAUGAUCAUGAUAUGAUGUUAUACAAUCCAUUAUCUGGAGAGUUCAAGACACUUCCUCAUUCAGGAACCUUUGAUGGCCGAUAUUGUAACUAUGUGUAUGGAUUUGGUUACAGUACAACCGCAGAUGAUAUAAAGAUUGUUAGAUUAAAGGAGGUUUCGUGCCGUUUAGAAUUUAGUGAGGUUUUCAGUCUUAAAAAUUGGUCAUGGAGCAGACCUUCAAAGGUCGGUUUAGAAUCUAGUGAGGUUUUCGGUCUUAAAAAUUGGUCAUGGAGCAGACGUUCAAAGGUUAAGGGCUACUCGACUUAUGGAAGGUAUUCAGGUACAUUUGUAAAUGGAUUUUUGUACUGGGUUGUAAAGGACAGGACAUGUUACAUUCCAUUGAUACUGGCUCUUGAUAUUAACACGAUGGUAUUUUCGGAUAUAAAAGUCCCAGAUGGACGUUGGUUGAAUCGUUUGGGUAGAUACAAUGGGCGACUUUGCAUGUUUUGCUCUAAAAUGAAUGUGGAAGGAUACGAGUUAAGGGUGAUGAAUGAACAUGGGUUUUGGUCCACAAUAUGUUUGUUCGCACCCAGGCCCACAACGCUAAUUUCGUACUCUAAUAAUUUUGGGAUGUUGUGUAUUUUGGAUGACGGGAAACUUCUUAUGUCGAGGUCUUCAAAACAACCUGUCAUCUACGACGUGUUUGAAGAUUCAUACGUACAAGGAGGUGAUUGGCUUAACGGGUUUUGAUCUAGUUGAGAGGCCGGUUGCAUCUAUUGAUAUAUGUUCUGUUACCAUAUGAGUAUGACCAAUCCUUUUGAAUUCAUUGCUUCUUCCUCUUUUAUCACUGUGACACCUACACGUGGGACUAACUUUUUUAUUAUUUUUAAACUAGUUUUAAAUUUUAGAAUUUAAACUUAAUGCAUUUAUGCGUAUUAUGAUUA